AUGGUCAACGGACGGGGUUGGCGGUUUGUGGUGGUGUUGCCGUGCGAGUGGGUGGUUCCUACUGUAGCAUUGCUUCAGAUGAAGAUUUGCAGUGGCGCGGUCAUGCACGAUGGUUUAAGUAGUUGCGCAGUGGCUGAGCAGGGGAAGCUACGGUUUCACGUGGGUGGUGCACUAGCAGUGGCAUACGGCGGAGCAAGCAUGGGUCGUGGCUUGUGGAGGUUGGUUUUGUGCGGCAGCUGGGUGAGCCGCAACUGGGUGGGUCGAGACCGAGCUAGAGGGUGGUGCGCUGUUUGCAAAGAGGAGGAAUUGCUUGGCUACGGUUUCGCGUGGGAGGGCAGCGGCCUAAUACCAAGACCAUGGUAUCCGGAUUUACCAGCAUCUCCUACCACUGAUGCAUCAACCAAUAUAGCAUCGCAGGUGAUACCGACACUAUUUUAUCCGAACUUCCAAAACUAUAUGCAUGGUUUGCAUGCACAAAUGCCAUAUGCGUGGUUACCACCAUUUGUUUCUCGUCCUGAUUCCAACCCAACGAAUCUUACUAGUCAGGAAAAUCUUGUGUCUCCAUUUCACUCUUCAACUACUCCUCAGGUUGGUAUAAACUUUGCAAGCUCAAGCCAUGUCGAAGAAAUUCAGGACCCCACACCUGACUCUGGGGAAGUCAAGACUUUGUCUAUGCCCUUUGUGCGUGAUACUGUUGAAUCCAAAGACAACGAGGCGUCCGGGAUACAAAAUACAACGCUGACUGAUGGUGGUAAUAGUAUUGAGGAGCCCAAGUUGGGGAUGGUGUUUAGAUUCGAAGAAGAGUUAGUUUCUUAUUAUAAGAAAUAUGGGAAACAAUGUGGUUUCAGGAUAACGAGGCAAAUGAGUAAGAGGGAUGAGAAUGAGAAUCUAAGAUAUGUCACGUUGGGUUGUGCUCGUGGUGGGAAGGCACGAAACCGAACCUCAAAUGUCGCAAGGUCACGUCCAACAUAAAAAACAGAGUGUAAGGCGAAGAUAAAUGCUACAUUUGUUGAUGGGAUGUUGAAAAUAUUAAUGGUUCACAAUACACACAACCAUGGCCUAUCCCCACAAAAAUCAAGAUUUUUUCGCUGCAAUAGAGAAGUGAGCGAAUCAAUAAAGAGAGUGUUAGAUAUAAAUGAUCAAGUUGGCAUUUGAAUGAAUAAGAGUUUUGCUGCUCUUGUGCAAGAAGCUGGUGGGUUCGAGAACUUGUCAUUCCUAGAAAAAGACUGUCAUAAUUAUAUCGACAAGGCACGUCACCUUCGACUUGGGAAAGGUGGCGCUGGAGCCCUUCGUGAGUAUUUUGUGAGGAUGCAAUACAGGAAUGACGGGUUUUUUGCAAUGAUGGAUUUCGAUGAUGAUGGCAGAUUGAUGAACGUUUUUUGGGCAAAUGCACGAAGUAGGGUAGCCUACCAAUAUUUUGGUGAUGCCGUUACAUUCGACAUCACAUAUUUGAAAAACAGGUAUGGGAUGCCAUUUGCACCAUUUGUGGGUGUAAACCACCAUGGUCAGUCAAUCCUUUUGGGAGCAGGAUUGAUCUCUAAUGAGGAUACAGAAACGUUUACAUGGUUGUUCCAAACUUAGUUGAAUUGUAUGGAAGGUAAAGCUCCGAAUGCUAUCAUCACAUAUCAAGAUAGAGCAAUGAAAAAUGCCAUUGCUAUCGUCUUUCCAAACACUCGAUAUAGAUUCUGCCUUUGGCACAUUUUGAAGAAAGUACCUGAGAAGCUCGGUUCAUAUGGUGCA